ACUGCUGAGCAGCAGAACAUCAGCAGACAGAUCACACAUCAACUGCCUGUAUGAGACAGACAUGGACAGCAAAUACACUCGUCUAGAGGAAGAAGAACCAGAGGAAACAGAGAAGCCAGAGCUCAGGAUUGUUCUUAUUGGGAAAACUGGAGUUGGAAAGAGUGCUUCAGGAAACACCAUCUUAGGAGAAAAAGCUUUUGAAUCCAAAACAUCACUGUCAUCAGUGACAUCAGUGUGUCAGAAGAAAACAGGUCUGUUUAAAGGUCAAAAACUGGCUGUAAUUGAUACUCCAGGUUUAUUUGACACCGAAAAAACUGAAGAUGACGUGAAGGAAGACAUCAGUAGAUCCAUCCCCCUUGCUGUUCCUGGUCCUCAUGUGUUCCUGGUUGUGAUCCAGGCCAACAGAUUCACAAAACAAGAACAGGAAGCUGUCAACAAAAUUCAGAACAUGUUUGGAGAAAAGUCAGCAUGUUACACUAUGGCCUUGUUCACCUGUGGGGACAAUCUUGAGGCAGAUGGCGACACCAUAGAAAAAAUGAUCAAUGAUAAUCCUGUUAUCUCUGACUUCAUCAGUGAGUGUGGUGGAGGAUAUCAUGUCUUUAACAACAGAGACAAGGAUCCCUCUCAGGUCAUAGAGCUGCUGAAGAAGAUCAAAAGUAUGACUGCGGGAAAUGGAGGAGGAUACUACACCAAUGAAAUGUUCAGAGAAGCUCAGAGAGUCAUGAACAAACCAGAAGCCGACCUCAGGAUUGUUCUUGUUGGGAAAACCAGAGUUGGGAAGAGUACAGCAGGAAACAUCAUCUUAAGGGGAACAGUAUUUAGAUCAACAGCUUCCUUUGCAACACCACAGUGUCAGAAGGAAACAGGUCUGUUUAAAGGUCAAAAAUUGGCUGUAAUUGAUACUCCAGGUUUAUUUGACACCAAAACAACUGAAUGGGAGGUGAAGGAAGAGAUCAGUACCUGCAUCCCCCUUGCUGCUCCUGGUCCUCAUGUGUUCCUGGUUGUGAUUCAGGCCAACAGAUUCACAGACGAAGAUGAAAAAACUGUCAACAUCAUUCAGAAUAUGUUUGGAGAACAGUCAGCACGUUACACGAUGGCCUUGUUCACCUUUGGGGACAAUCUUGAGAGAGAUGGGGUCACCAUAGAACAAAUGAUCAAUGAUAAUCAUGUUAUCACUAACUUCAUCAGUGAGUGCCGUGGAGGAUAUCAUGUCUUUAACAACAGAAAAAAAGGUCCGUCUCAGGUCAGAGAGCUGCUGAAGAAGAUCAACACAAUGAUUGCGGGAAAUGGAGGAGGAUACUACACCAAUGAAAUGUUCAAAGAAGCUCAGAGAGCCGUGGAAAAAAUAGAAGCCGACCUCAGGAUUGUUCUUGUUGGGAAAACCAGAGUUGGGAAGAGUGCAGCAGGAAACAUUAUCUUAAGGAAAACAGUAUUUAGAUCAACAGCUUCUUCUUCCUCUGAAACAUCAGAGUGUCAGAAGGAAACAUGUCAGUUUGAAGGUCAAACACUGGCUGUAAUUGAUACUCCAGGUCUGUAUAAAACUAAACUAACUGAAGAGGAGGUGAAGAGAGAGAUUGUUAGAUGCAUCUCCUUUGCUGCUCCUGGUCCUCAUGUGUUCCUGGUUGUGAUCCAACCAAACAGAUUCACCAAAGAAGAACAAAAAACUGUGAAAAUCAUUCAGAAGAUAUUUGGUGAACAAGCAGCUGAUUACACGAUGGCCUUGGUAAUCCAUGAAGAUGAUGUGAAUAAAGACACCAUAGAAAAAGCAAUCAAACAUCAAAAUCUCAAACACUUUAUCAGUCAGUGCCGUGGAGGAUAUCAUGUUUUUAACAGCAGAAACAAGGAUCGCUCUCAGGUCAGAGAGCUGCUGAAGGAAAUCAACACAAUGAUUAAAAGAAAUGGAGGAUGCUGCUACACCACCAAAAUGUUUGAAGCGGCAAAAAAAGACAUUAAAACAGAGAUGGAACAACUUCAGAAAGAAAAUCCAAAGAUGACGGCCAAAGAAGCAAGAUACAAAGCAGAAAGAAGCAACAAGUUUACUAAUGGGAGUCGGGAUGCUGUCAUUGUGGGAGCUGAUACUGGUGUUAAUGUUGGAGUUGCUGCUGGUGCUGGAGCUGGUGCUAGUGCUGGUCUUGGUGCUGGUAUUGGCAUUGAAGUUGCUGUUGGAGCUGGUAUUGGAGCCAUAGGGGGUCCAGUGGGGGCUACAAUAGGAGGGUUAGCUGGAGGUUUUGUGGGACUUGCAGUUGAUUCCAUAGUAAAAUCUGUAACUUUGAAAAGAAAAUUAAAUAAUUGUGUUACACAGUAAUAAUCAAUGACAAAUAACAUUUAUCAGCAGCUUGUGAAUUUACAAGGAAAUAGAUUCAAAAAAUAACAGUAAUAGUAAUAAUUUUUUGAGUGUUGUUUAGAUAGAUGGACUAAAGAAAAACAUAAUAUAUGAGCUGCAAAGAAGAAAGACAUAAAGUUAACCCUCUGGGCUCUAUCCUGGCCAUUUGUGGCCACUUCACUUUUCUUUUUUCAACCAUUUUUGUUCUGUUAAUGCAAAUGGAAUGAAACUUCCCAAAGGUCUGUAUUUUUUGCAGAUUUUUUUAAUUUUCAACAUCAGCUCCUUAAUAAUGUCAAUAACAUUCACUAUACACCAAAUUGUUCCUCUUGGCUCUAUCGUGGCCAUUUUUGGCCAAUUGAAACCCAUUAUAACCACCUUUUUUGAUUCCUUGUUACUGACAGUAAUAUGUCAUGCGAUUUAGGUAAAAUUGCUUUCAUUCUAAACUCAAGACAUGGAAAUUGUAGUUUUUAAUGUUUUUUACCAAAUUACAUCAUUUACCCAUUUUUGGCCAAACAAGCAAUUUCAUGUAAUAUUCUGAGUUUCUAGUAGUGGCCUUUGCUGGCUUACCACACUCCAAUGGACCAAAAUAAUGAAACAAUUUUGACAUAGGUUUGAUCUUAACGAUCUAAUAGUUUGUGUUUGUGCAUCACAUUGCAGCACAAACAUGUAUUUGCAAGAUAGACUGGAAUAAAUAAUGACGCAUCAAACAUUACAUAGGCUGCAGUGAAUUUCUGUGGAUGCAGGCUAUUGAGCUUUGAGGUUCCCAGUCAAACUUAGCUUUGAAGCACAUGUUAAAAGCACUUUUACUCUUGUAUUUUUCAUAAAAAGAUACCAUACCCAAAAUAUUGACUCUAAAAAAACAAAACAAACAAAAAAAAAAUCACAUGGCAUUUUGCAGAGUUCAAACCUGCAGCUGCAGCGCAAAUGACAACAAACACUGUUUGUCCUGGAGUUUAUGCAGGUGCAGACAGUGCUCCUGCUAUAACUAAUCCUAACAGCUUCCAGAAUAUUUAUUCUGGCGAUAUGGCAAGAAGGUCAUCACUGCUUCAAGCACUGUCUAUAUGAUCUGGUCAGAGAGCAAGGACACCUAGCAGUCCUCUGCCCUUGAAGAAAAGACAUCUGCCCAAGAUGAAGAAACUUCCUCUCCAGAAGAUGAGGGGACAAUCUCCAAAGAGGCUGACUGCAUCACCACUGAUGAUGAGUACUAGCCAGUGCCUGAAUCCUCUUCUUUGGGGGAGGAUUGGGGUUGGGGGGCAUGGAGGUGGAGGCCGAGCAGCUGAUGGAAAAGAACAUAGGAGCAUUUUCUGAGACAGAGGAGCCGGUGACUGAGUGGAUCCCUCAUGAAAGGAAAACCAUGUGGGUCCCACCACUGAAGAGAGACUGCUCUACAAUCCAGUACCCACUGGUAUCAAACCAGGGCUCACCCUGUAUGCAGUUCCCUGCAUUAGCAGCCUGAGAUCAACUUUUGACUUUUUUAUAACAAAGGAGAUCUUUUGAAAAAAAGUUUCUCUUUCACUCCACCUGAGUAUAAGAUGGAUCAAAUUCCAGUACUAUGGUAUUAUAUUUCCAGUAUGUUACUGGAAAUAUAAUACAAACCUUACAAACCUGCACGGGAGGCGAAGGUGUGAGGAUUGGAGGAUUAUAGAUGAAGUGGAGAUGUGAAUAUAUAAAAUUGUGAGAUUUGAGGUUGUCUUCCAGCUAGUGUAGUGGACAAACAAACUGUUGUUUAAAGGGUUAAAAAUUUAAAAAGUAAUUACUAUUUUAUAUUUAUGAAAAGAACUGAAGUUAGUUAAAAGCUUUAUGCUGAAAUAAUGUCAACCCCCCCCCACACAAAAAUAAUAAAAAUUACAGACCUAAUCUGUUGGUGGCCACUUUUGGCCACGAACAAGCUGAAAGGGUAGUGAUUUUGAACAAACCCAGAGAAACAGCAUGUUUCUUUAGGACAGCUGUUGUUGCAGUUGGGGCUCCAGCUGCCACUGAAGUUGGUGUAGAGUUGCAGUGCAUCUUACUCCCACUGCUACAGGGAAAAUCCAGCAUUUAUUGACAGUCAUCAUUUAGCAGUAACUUAUAAAAGUCACAUUAACAUGGAGACAGAAUGUAAACAUUGUAGUGUAACUAUCUUUGUAAUUCUUAUUAUUGUUGAUUUUUUUUUUUUUACAUUAAAUAAUACCUUUAAUAACAUCAUAGUUUUUAUUAAUGAAUUGAAUAGGAACAUAUUACUGAUUAUUACUGAUUAUUAGCUUACUUGUAAUGAUUGGGGAAAUAUUAAAUUCUACUCUAAACCAAUCAGUCUUUGAUUUUGUUUACAAUGUGUUUUGUAGCUGUGGUCUCAAAUUCAAAUUCAGAAUUAUGAAUUAAGCAGAUUAAAUUUAUUGAUGCAAGUUGUUUUCUUGUUGUCUUUUCUAACGGAAAAAAAAACUGAAACAAACCACGAGCAUGCAUCAAGAUUGAAAUAAACCAGUUUCCCAUAAAAA